AUGAGACCUAGAUUACCAAUUACUAGGAGGACAGAGAUAUGGAGGAGGCUUGCCUCGUCAAAUAGGGACUUCAAGCACGAUUACUCGCAUAGACCAACAACGUACAACCAUAGACUUCCAGCAGAAGGUGAGGACCCGCAUUCAGUGGAUACCCAGAGGACCCCCAUCACCAAAGUAUCAGAUUUCACGUCGUUCAGUCGGUUAUGGACAAAUAUUUCCAAUGAUCCUUUGAAAGGGCAAUCCUCAGCAGAGUUUUUCGCUAAAUUCCCGCUGGUUACACAUAAGAAGUUGGCUAAACGUACAGAACGUCCAAAGAAAGUGAAGAUGUUGGCUAGUGAUUUCAUUGAUGAUUCGCUUUAUAAUCCAAAUUAUGGUUACUUCCCGAAACAAGCUGAGAUUUUCCAAGCUACAGAACCAUUCAAUUAUAAUGAAUUACAAGAUACAGAUGAAUUUGUGAUCAAUUGGCAAAAACAAUAUGCCAAAUAUGAUGAUUCUUCUAAAAAGGAAUUACAAUUAUGGCAUACUCCAGUGGAAUUAUUUCAACCACAUUAUGGUGAAGCAAUUGCAAGAUUCUUACUAGUCAAUUAUAAAUUAAACUUAUAUCCAUAUCAUGAUUUGAUUAUUUAUGAAAUUGGUGGUGGUAAUGGUACUUUAAUGACAAAUAUUUUGGAUUAUAUACGUCAAAUGCAACCUGAAGUUUAUAAGAAAACAAGAUAUAAAAUCAUUGAUAUAAGUAAAAAUUUAAGUGAAAAGCAAAAAAAGCAAAGUGUUAAGCAUGGAUUUAGGAAACAUGAUUCUAAAGUUGAAAUUAUAAAUAAAUCAAUUUUUGAUUGGAAAGAAUUUGUACCAGAACCUUGUUUCAUAGUUGGGUUAGAAGUUUUAGAUAAUUUAGCUCAUGAUAUGAUUAAAUAUGACAUCAAUACAGGUAAACCGUAUCAAGGUUAUGUUGUCAUUGAUGAAGAAGGAGAUUAUCAUCAAAUGUUUUCACCUGAAUUGAGUGCAGAUAGUGCAGGUUUCUUGGGAACAAGAGGACUUGAUUUUUUAAACACACCUUAUUCAAAAAUGAAUGGAUUAAAUCAUCCAUUGAAUGAAAAUAAAUUUUCACAAAAAUGGAAAAAUAUGUUCAUACCUUUUAAUAAUUCAUUAUCAACAACAGAAUUUAUUCCAACAAGAUUAUAUAAAUUAUUUGAAAUUUUAAAUGAAAAAUUUCCUGAGCAUCAAGUUAUUUUAUCAGAUUUUGAUUCUUUACCAAAUGGAUCAGAAGGUUAUAAUUCCCCUGUUGUACAAACAAUUUUAAAAGAAAAAGCUGUAACAACUUCAACAUUCAUGGUUGAUCCCGGAUUUUUCGAUAUAAUGUUCCCAACAAAUUUCCAUAUAAUUAGAGAUUUAUAUAUAAAAAUGAGUGGGAAAUUAAUAAGAACUUCAAAACAUUCAGAAUUUUUGGAACAAUGGGGUGAUAUUGAAGCAACUACAACUAAAAGUGGUGAAAAUCCAAUGUUGACAUUUUAUCAAAAUGCUUCAUUUUUAUAUAAUUGA